CCUGGGACUGUAAUUCUACCUCGACGACGGUGGGAGGGCCGAGUAACCGGUCGUGGUCCCUAAAAAAUUGUGAGGGGAGCACGACCGAUGAAACCAAGAACAGUCCCAGCGUCCAGCGACUGUGCACCAGGUGGUCGCCGGCCAUCGCCGCUGGACGCUAAAAGGCGGCGCAACUGAGGCGAGCAGUUGCGACGCCUUCGCCUUCAGCAGUUGUAUUUCACCCUCCAACUUCCCUGCGACUACUCUAAUUCCUAAAGUUAAUCUCGCCCACUCCAGCGUUGUGGCCGGGGGUCGAUGGUGGAGCCCCACGCACCAUGCGGGGGCUCUGCCGUCGAACUCCGAUCACAAAUCUCUAUUCGAAAUCUUUUUCGACAUACCCAUAACGAGUAGCCGCCAUGUCUUACCCUGCCAAAGUACCUUUCCCACCACACAUCCACUCCCAAUCCCGCGUAACAGUGGAGGCAGCAGUUACGCGGAAAUUCCAGGUAGCCUGUGAAUACAGGCUGCUACUGCGUCCGGAGGCAACCGUGAUAAAAAGCCUAGAGGAGUAAACCUCAAUAAAAUAAUCCCCACUAUCACGGUGGAAGGCAUCGUGCCAAAGAUAUGAGAGAUGCGAGGGUUAGAGCAUCACAAACGAUCCCUUCGGGAUUCCUGGCGACCUCCCGAAGAACCUAGCCUUAACGUGGUAAGGGCGCACUGCCACGUCGGACGCGUAGCACGUCCCGACUCGUGGGAAUUCAUAUGAAUAAAACCAACUCAAAAAAACCUAAAGGAAAAAAUAACGACGACCAAAGGCAAAAGGACAAUGACGACGCAUUAAUGAGUAAAAUUGAGAAUAGGGAAGAACAGUCGCAAGACGGCACAAUAGAUGAAGAUGAGCUGAGAAAGUUUGAAAGGGAAUUGCUACAACGGCACGAUCAACAGCCUAAACUAAACAGGUCGGGUGCCAUAAAGCACUCGACACUUGUAGGGGAAGAAAUUAAUACAAGAGAAGAAGAAGAAAAAGAGGAGGAAGAGAAAGAAGAGGAAGAUCCCUUGGUGAAAAUCCUGGAAGCGAAAGCCUUCACAGAAAGUCACGAUGAAAAAACGGAAGAAGAAAGGGGAGGAACUUGGGAAGAUAUAGAGGAGAGUGUUUUAACAGCCUUCUUGUUCGACGAAGAGGACAGAAGAGAAAUGCAGCAAAUGAAAAAAAGAAAAGGGGACAGCCUUGAGAUAAAUGAAAAAUUCAAAAAAGAAAAACUUGAAGAAAGCAAAAAAUAUCCAGAAGAAACCGACAGGGAAAAGGUCCAACGGAAAAUGAAACAAAUACUCGAUAUACUUAAUACAGAAGGCCCAAUAGAGGACGAAAGAAUAAGAAUGAAAAACUCAUAGGGGAAAUUAACUCUAUACAAAACAGAAAAAUUAGCCCAAAUCAAACAACACAAGGGGAGGAGAAAAAUAUAAGAUGCGAACAAUGUAAAAUUAAGAUCGAGCAAGAGAGACAAAGAAAAGAAACAGAAAAAAUAAUAGGAAUUGUAAACAAGGGAGGAGACAUAGACACCUUUAGUCAAAUCCACGAGAAGAAAUGGGAGGACAAGGUGUUUGAAAAAACGAAGUGGGAACAUGGGGGACUGCAAGAGACAAUUGAAAAAAAAAGAAUGCAUAAUAAUAACUAAAAACGAAAUAAAAGACGGGGGGGUAGAGGGCGUCAUAAGAACGCUCAGGGAAGAAUGUGACGUUCCAUCACUUAUUUAAUUAAUUAUUAAUGGGAACACCUUAUUUAAUUAUUGUCAAAAGUAUUUUCUUAGAAUAUUAAAAACCAGUUCGUACAAAAUUCCCUUGGUGACGUCAUACUGGGUGUAUGGUGGUCACAUUGAUAUUUCUUGAGGUUGGUACUGAACACCGGCCGCUAGCUGUCACGAAGCCGGAACGGUGAAGAGGGAAGCAUUGGUCUUGGGAGUGUCAAUAAGAAUGGCGGCGUGAGUUUUCUAAUUAUAUAAUUAAAAUAAGUUAUUUCCAGUUGCAUAGUUCCAUUAUUGUUGUUGCAAGUUAUAGAAAGUUGAGUGAAUUAAAGUGACGGAAUAAUGAAACUCCAUUCGGGAGAAAUCUAUUAUUACCGCUGGUAAACCCUCUCUAACACCGAGAGCAGACACUUCCAAGAUUCAGUCAACCAGGGAACAAGUCUAAGGAUACAGUCCCAUUUGUUUUGUUUUGGUUCAUCAUCCUGCACCCUCCGAGGGACAGGUUCAUUAGCUAUUGGGCAGUUGCACCACUUCGGUGUUAACUUCGUACCACGGAUUUGGUACCAUACACCAAGGAUCAGUGUUGGAACGCGUGAAAAGGGGUUUGUUUUGAGGGACAAUUAUUCAUACUAGUUAAAGACUUAUACUGUUUUUUUUUUGUAAUAUUCAGGACAUUUAAGUUAGAUACACAUAAGUUCAUAAUUUAAUUACACAUAAAUAUUUUUUUUUUCUCUACAAAUUUAAGUACAUUUUAGUUAUAAUAACCAUACCUAACAGUUAGUACUGUUCCCCCAAAUUUAUAUAAUUCUUGGUAGAAGUUUCGAGCUCGAAGAUUCUCCCCAUACAUGUUCUUUCCCCUUGGUUCGUAUUAAUUUUAGACUUGUUUUCUCAGUAAUUUAAAAAUAAUAUUAGUUCAAUUCACCUAAAUUUAAAAUCAUUCAACUUGUUUCAUAAUUUUUCAAUUUGUAUUAGAUUUUUGUAAAUAUUAUUUAACGUUAACUAUUAAUUUUUUUAUAUUAUAUUUGAAUAAAUCCCUAGUACCCAUCCCCUCAGGAAGGUACUAGUUUUACUUGCGAUUAUUAUUUAGAACCACUAGUCAGAAAAGGAUCUUUUGUAUCCAGUACUAAGUUGGUUCAUUUAGGGACUUGUUACCCGUCAACACAUUGAGGGUUGUAAAAUAUAUAUUAUUUACAUUAGGUAUUUUCCUUAUUCUAUUAUCAGGUAGUAUUCAAUUAGGGUGUACGUAUUAAAAUCGUACAAGUGUUAUUUGGUGAAGGGUUCAUACUAAUCUAGGUGUAAGUUGUACUUUCUGUAUUAGAGGUACCCUUAUUCAGAUUUUCUAACCUUAUUAAGAUUAUUCUUAGAUCACAUUUGUGUGAUAAUUUUGUAAUUGACUUUCACUAGUAUCAUUUUUUUGUCAUGUUAGAGUCACAUACUAGUUACUUGUCUUAACUCGGAGAUUGUGAACAUCUAGUAGUUAAAUUUAAUAAAUAUAUAUUUAUUGUG